UUUCCCGGUUCCUGGGGUUCUCAAAGCGACCGCAUGGGCUGCGGGGAUGGUGCUCGCCUGGGCCGUGGCUUGUGUGCUCAUCGUCUGCCUCCAAUGCAUCCCGCUCCGAGGAUACUGGGAUAAGUCCGUUCCAGCCAAGUGUGGGGUCAACGAGAAAGACUACUUUCUGGGAAAGUCCAUCCCUGAUACCGUCACCGAUUUGUUCAUUCUGGUCAUUCCCAUGCAUCCCAUCUGGCACCUCCAUGUCAAUCGCAUGCAAAAAUUGGUUCUCACACUCACCUUCCUAAUCGGAGGCCUCGUGACUGUCAUCUCAAUUAUCCGUCUGGUCUGUCUGCUCGAGAUCGACCUCAGCUCGGAGGAUAUUACAUGGAACUUUGUACCUUACCUGAUCUGGACCUGCGUGGAAUUGAACGUUGGCAUUGUUGCAGCUUGUCUGCCUUGCCUUCGCCCCAUCUACAUCUGGCUGCGUAAGAAAGCUGGAUACUCGACAGGCUCAUCUGGUAGCGAACGGCCGACUCCUGGGACUAAUCGCAAGUCCAGUCGUAGCGGUUGGUCAGGGCGCGAUGAGUACGGGGACCAGGUUCCGAUGCAUGGCAUCAAGUUCCGGCAGGACUUCUUGGUCCAGACUACAACGGCCUCCGACCGUGGGGAUGAGGAGGCCGCGGAGGUCUUACACUAGUCAAUUGGGGCAGGUGGAUGAGAAUAAGCACUAAAUCCUGGCGGAUGUGAUAAUGCGUGUUAGUUACAGCUGACCACCGUUUCGAG